AAAAAAAAAUAGAGAUGAAGAAACCCCAGCCAAUGACUGCUAAGCGCCGACCACAUCUGAGAUCCAGUCCAAACAUCAAGAACAAUAAUAGCAAAGUACAAAAUAAAAAUCUCAAUGAGAUGCAAGGAACUCACCACAAGGUCUGACACAGUCUCCAUACGCCAUUCAUUGGCCCUCAAUGCUUCUUCUUCAAACAUGCUUGCUCGGAGAUUUUCCCCUGUUAUUGCUGCCACAUGGAGACAUGUUAUACUGACUGGUGUCGUUGGCGCCCAGAGGGUAUAUUUUGUUACUCUUCUGCUACCCGUGAGAGUGCCACAAAGCGAUUCACCCAGUCCAAAUCCAGUUUUUUUGCGCCCUUUUUUUUCAUAUCAGGUGAGACGCACAAUAGCCUUAUUGAUUUCGUCCGAUGGGAGAAUAAAUAGAGACCGUUGGCUCUUUCUAUUGUUUAUUCUUUUUUCCAGUGGAGUUCUCCGGGUUGAGUCCAUUGUCAGUGAAUCACUCUUUUGCAUUCCCUUUGUUAGGAAUUGAGUUUUUAUUGUUGGCAUCUUUGGCCUUUCCUUCAAUAAAGUCUAUUGUCUAUUGUCUAUUGUCUAUUCUAUUGUUUGUCAGACAAGGAACAGCGUCAAGAGCAUCGUAUAAGGAUGCCCAUUGUUGCUUGCUAGC